UAGCCGUUCAUGUAGACCUUAUAGGUUAUUUAAUUUUACUUCCACGCCUUGGCAUUCAAAUAUAUUAUAAUUAUCUUUUGCACCUAUGUAAAACAAUAAAUACCAAGCUUCAAACUGCAAAAAUAAUAACACUACAAGUGGAACCGAUGUUUGUUUGCUUCUAUGUCUAACCGUAAUAUUUUGGUGUAACACCACCACGCUUGUGACGGUUGUAGGAAACGGUGACCGCUGCAAGUAAACUUAUUUUACGGAUGUAAUAUCUCAUAGCAUUUGUUUUUUGUUUUGUACGGCUGAUCUUAAAUUAUAUUAAGCAAUGGCGCGGGUCGUCAAAGGUUUUCGGACCUUGCGCAAUCAUUGGAAGAAGUCCACGUUGGCUGUGUGUGUUCUUUCUUACGGAACCCAUUGGCUUUACGGUAAAUACUGUGACAAUUUAUUGCGGAGAGAGGCUUGCCUCGAAGCUAGGGAAUUUGGGCGCCAACUCAUAGCACCAAAUGAGCGUUUAAAGAAGGCUACCGUGAUCCUGAACCCUGCAGCUUCUAAUGGGAAAGCCAACAGUUUGUUUGAAAAGAAUGCUGCUCCUAUUUUACAUCUGGCUGGCAUUGAGAUUACAGUAGUGAAAACGGAUUAUGAAGAUCAAGCCAAAAAAAUGAUGGAUCUCAUGGAACACACAGACAUGCUGAUUGUGGCCGGAGGGGGUGGCACUUUGCAGGAAGUCAUCACAGGUUUAUUGCGGAGGUCAGAUCAAGAUUCAUUCAGUCACACACCAAUUGGAUUCAUUCCACUUGGCUGUAAAAAUGCUAUGAGUGCCAGUCUUCACAUCCUCAGUGACAACAAGGUCAAGGACAUUACGUCAGCGACUCUGUCCAUCUUGAAGGGAGAAACAGUGCCUCUGGAUGUACUACAAAUCCAAGGGGAAACGGAGAAGCCCGUCUUUGCUCUGACGGGACUGCGUUGGGGUGCUUUUAGAGAUGUUUCUGCAAGUGUUAGCAAAUAUUGGUACCUUGGACCACUGAAGACUAACGCUGCUCAUUGGUUUCACACCCUCCGGGAGUGGCCCUUAAUACGUGACGUCACAGUGAACUACUUGGCUCCCACCAUUCGGCCCCCUGACUUGCCUCCUCAUAAGCCUCCCAGACCCAGCCUGCUCUAUCGCAUUAUCCUCAGACUGAAAAACUACUGGAAUCCGCCCCUAGAGGAGCCCCCGAAAGCAGAAGAACCAGAGCAAUGGGAGGAACAGAAGCUGUCUUCAGUCGAGCUGUUUAUUCAAACUCAUAACGAGAACCCUGUCGAGCGUCGCAUAAACGACUCCAUGAUGAUUUGUGCGGAGUCUGACAACUUCACUGUUGGUGAAUUCAUCACUGUCGGAAACCAAAAACAUAACAACCCAACUGUUUUCACUGCAAACUCCACAAAACUGGAAGCCAGUGCUUGCCGGCUGCGGUUGCCAGAGGGCACCAGCGGCUUCUUCAACAUCGACAAUGAGGAAUACGAGGUCAUGCCUGUGGAGAUAAGACUGUUGCCACGGAAACUACAGUUUUUCAUGAGUGCAGAGCGCAGACAGCAGCUUCUGUCACAGGUGCAGUUAAGAGAAGCGGGAGAAGAGACACAAAUAAAUGAAGAAAAAUGAGAAGCAAAACCACCAUAUUGAAUACCAUGAAACACAAACAAUGCCUCCUUUACCAUCAGUUUUAAACUGUCAUUAACUGGUGUCUUUCUAUAUCGUGUAAAUAAAGAUAAAAUGGUUUUCAGUUAA